GUGCGACCGUGUAAAUCUAUCUUUAAUGGUAGCACAGUUUCAAUACCGGGCAUAGCAUUUUAUGACGCAGGGUUGAGUUGGAGACAAUGCAAAAAAAAUAUUGAAUUUAGAACAUUCGAAAUCUGA